GCUUAAGUGGUAUUGACCUUCCUUGCUGUCAUCAGUGAGCCUCUUCAGCCUCCGUUUACUUAUUUAGUUUGUCAGGCUUAGCUUUCAUUUUUCAGAGCCAUAAUCUGCCACCCUGUAACUGGAUUUUGUUGGGAAUUAGGGGGAUCUGGAGAUCUGCAAAGGCAGCCGUCAUCCCUGAUUUCUUAUUUCUUACUUGCCUGGAGUGGCUGGUUUCCUCUUAACAGGCUGGAGUGAGGGUUUGGUGGCGUGCCCCCGCCAUGGAUCACUCCCUUUUUGAUUAUCUCCGCAGCCCUCACACACCCGCUCAGGACCUGCUUCCUGCCAUUACGCAGUUGCCUCUACACAGCCACAGUAACUUCUCACCUCCCUGUGGCUACCAUAGAGGAGAGGACAAUGACAUUCUUGAUGAUACAGCUCAGCAGGUCCAACCUCACCAGCAGCAACACCAGUCCUUCCCCCCUCAGCAAGAAAAUGACCCGUGGCACAUCUCUCAGCAGAUUCCCUCUCCUAACGCUCCGAAAAGCACCAGUUUGCCACCACUCGAGAACCCCGCUUCAGAAUUGUGCUCCGGGGAUCGAAAUGUGUGUGGUGCCAAACCCAGUGGGGAACCUACGGGAACAUCCUGUGAGGAGUACAGCCAAAAGAGUCUGUCAUUGGAGGAAGCUGACAGAAUGACUCCCAAAGAGUCCCAAGACGGGGGCUAUAAGUCAGACAUGAUCAACAAGCCCAGAAAGGAACGCACAGCCUUCUCAAAAGAACAGAUUCGGGAACUGGAGUCCGAAUUUGCUCACCACAACUAUUUGACCAGACUGAGACGCUAUGAAAUAGCGGUCAACCUCGACCUCACGGAACGACAAGUGAAGGUGUGGUUCCAGAACAGGAGGAUGAAGUGGAAGCGUGUUAAGUGUGGCCAACAGGGGGCAGAAGCACUUGAAAGAGAACUAAAGAAUGUCAGAAAGGGGAUAUUGUUGCCGGCAGAGAUUUCGGGUAUUGAGGGACUGCAAUGCUCAGCGAGCUCACCAAGAACAAUGACUGAUGAUGAGAGCCCAGACAGCGACCUGAGCUCAGAAAAUCCUUACCUAUGACAUUCUUUGGUUUCGUCCUCAAGAAGGUUUUGCUGGAUGGUGUACAAUAUAGGAGAGUCUGUUCAAACAUUUUACUGCGUGUACUGUAUGACAUUCCUUUUAAAAAUGUCUACCGUAUGAUAUAACCUGCUAUAAGGGGUCAUCUGCGCUCUGUGACACCAUCAAGUGUCAGUUCUUGGACCCCUCCUGUUCAGCCUGUAUAUGCUACCCUUGGGUCAAAUUCUUCAGAAAUUUAAUUUUGAGUAUCAUAGCUAUGCAGAUGACACACAAUUAUACCAAGCAGUGUCUCCAGAUGACUACAGUUCAAUUGAGGUGUUGUGUCACUGUCUAAACAGAUAAAAAAAACUGGAUGAGCCAAAAUGUUCUUCAAUUAAACCACAACAAACUGAGAUAAUUGUUUUUGGCAAUAAAGAAAAGAGGAUUGCUGAGAGUAAAUACCUGGAGUCACUCUUUUUAAAAACCAAAGACCAAGUCCGAAACCUUGGUGUACUGAUUCUGACUCUGACCUGGCUUUCAUCAGUCAUAUCAAAUCAAAUACUAAAAGUGCCUUCUACCAUCUGAAGAACAUAUCCAGAGUGAAGGCUUCCAUGUGCCAAGCAGACCAGGAGAAGCUCAUCCAUGCUUUUAUCUCCAGUAUACUUGACUAUUGUAAUGGUCUUCUGAAUGGACUCUCACAAAAGAGCAUUAAACAGCUGCAGCUCCUUCAGAAUGCUGCAGCUCAGGUUCUGACCAGAAC